ACGGUUGAAUAUGAUAACAUUCGGUAAAUGGACCAUAAAAAGCAAGACAUGUUUGAUCCGAUAAAUGGUUAGUUUGCAUAAAAAACUUACCAUAAAAAAUUCCGGUCAGACGUAGCACUCAAACCCACAACCCUGAGAUUGGCAGCUAAACGCUUUGUCCGCACAGCCGUCUGCACAUGUGACAAGGAAUUAUAUAUAUGUUAAACUUAUAUCACUAUUCAUGUUCGGAAACCGAGAAUUUAUUUACGGAAAUAAAAGGAAAAUUCAUGAGUGACAGGUCAAUACUUGCGGACAAUAACAUGCCAUCAGAAAUUAUAUCUAACAGUAAUUUCUAUUUAUUUUCUUAUAACUCGGUUAACAUGUGUGCAAUAUAGACCGUUUAUACAUGGCAAAUCUAUGGCCCGAAUUCUAUGAAGGGUCACGUAAUUACUACAGAUGUUGACUAUGUAAGCUUAAAUAUGUUUCACUGUAAUGUUAAAUGUUUUUUCCCUGUAUUUCAGAGCUGAAAGACGAUUUGGCAACCUUCUACUCAAACAGAUACAGUACAAUACCACUGUCACCGCUAUUCGAGGAGCACGACACUCCACUUGUAGAUUUUUACAUUUUGCCUGAAAUGAAUUUCAUUGAAAAGAAAAAGCCAGCUGGGGAAGAGACUAAAGCUCCAGUUAAAUCGUUGUCGGACUUAUUCCAGUCUGAAAAAAAUUCUGAAAUAUAUUUAUCCGCAGAUGCUGGAUUUGGGAAAACUGCAUUUUCAAAAUAUCUUGCUAUCACGUGGUGCCAGGCUCAUCGACCCGAAACUAAAUGCACAAAGUACUUCAAAGAAGAUGUGAUAAAGGCCAUGCUUGGUUUUGAGUUUUUGUUUCUUGUGUUAUUGCGGGAUUCUUCUGAUGAUUGUAGCAUUGAUGAUUUGAUAAUGAAUCAAAUUAUGCAAAAUUUGUCUCGGGAUUUUGCAUUGACAAAAGAUUUCCUACAGGAGAUUCUGCAUCGCGAACGACAUCUUGUGAUAUUAGAUGGUUUAGACGAGUGGAUUCAUCCCGAAAAGAAAUGUGCAAAAGUGCCAAAAACGAACCCUCAUCGUAAUGCACGUGAAACAUGUGUAAUCCUAACCACGACAAGACCUUGGAAAUUAGGUGUGUUGAAUCUUAAAACUAGUGAAAUAGGUAAGAAAGUGGAACUAGUAAAACUAACCCCUGAGUCAGCACAGACAUUAGAGGAAAGGGCGAUUUCAAAAAUAAAGAAUCUGGAUAUUACUGAAGCAAAACUCCUGGCCAAACAGUUAAAUAAAAAAGUCAAGGAAAAUAAACUCGAGGAUUUGGAAUCCGUUCCCCUUCUUACGAUGUAUCUCAUUUGUUUAUGGUGUGACAAUAUUCCACUAGGACAGUCAAAGUGCGGACUAUAUGCAAGCAUUAUUGAACUCCUGCUGUCAAGAACGAUGAGCAAACACCCGGAAGUAGAACUAACGUGCGAACCCUCCCAGAGUGAUAUCCCACAAUGCUUCAGUGAACAUGACCAUUGUACUAAAUACAGCACAUACCUGAAAGCUUUAGGAAAAUUAGCAUUUGAAACAUUAUUCAGUGAAACAAAGGAGAGCACACUUGUUUUCAGUAAGUCAGUGGCUGAUAAGUAUCUGUCACCAAAGUAUUUGAAAUUAAGUCUUGACUCAGGAAUAUUAACACAAAGUACAGAAAAGACACUAACAAAACAAAUUUCUAAAUGUUCGUUCUCUCACAAAACAGUACAAGAAUUUUUUUGUGCAUUGUACAUUAGCUGUCAAAAUGAAAGUGAUGUCAAAGAAUUCUUUAUAAAGAAAUGCAAAAGUGUGCAAAGUAUUCUUGACAUGUCGACUGUGUUAGUUUUCACCAGCGGAAUGGUGAAUGCAGAAAUCAUUUCUUCAAUAUCUCGUAAUUUCAUGUCAGUGAUCAGUGAAGAUACGAGAACGAGCGAAUACAGAACUACGACUGAUAAGGAAUGUGAACCUCUGAAAGACAUACAAGACAUGUACAUUUCUUGUAUGAAAGAAAACACGAGCGAUAAGGAACUCAAAAUUUGCUGCCAAAAUUUUUUCUUUAGAGGAGAUUGUAAAGAAGAAAAAUACUUUAAGCAUCUAGCACGGCUCGCGGUACACAAUAAAACAAACAUGGCGUCAAUAAAUAUCGAUACAGGAUACCUUAAUCGUAGUUUACGUGAAAUUAUCGAUUGUUGUGCAUUGCACGAACUGUUCCAGAUCAAUAAAAUAUACUACGAGGGUUACCGUGAACAGACGCUACUUCCUGUACUGUUUAACAAGUCGUCGAAAUGUCUCACUGUUACAUCGUCUGGUUCUUGGAGCCGUGAAAUGUGGGAAACAUUACAGAAUAAUUCUCUGUUACAAGCAAUUUAUAUCAACGGUUUCACUAUGAGCCACGAUGUACUGAAUGAGUUUCUGAAUUAUAUUAUUAACAGAAAAACAAUGACGGAGAUUAGAUUGGAGUACCUAUACUGUACCGAGCACGAGAAGUCGUGUAGUUACAGUUUAGAUUUAAGUCAGCAUUCAGAUCUAAGGAAGUUAGAAUUGCGCGGGAUACCUGAAGUGUCACAAUUGAAAGUUAAUAGUCAAGUGGAACACGUGAAGUUGGAGCGUAUCAAUCUAGGUAAAAGGUCGCUGCCUCCUGGAAUGGGAAAUAUCAAACAUGUUGAUUUGUAUGGUGUAAACAUGUCUGCUUCAGCAUUGCGUGAUCUCGUUAAGGUAGUGGAGAAACUUUCACACAAAGUCACAGUAAGAAUAAGGUGGUGUAAGAUAGAACCGGAAACAGAGUUUGAACACGUUAAACAAUAUAUACACUCAUCUCAGAAUUUCCGAGUUACGAAGGAUGAGAGCUGGAGGUUUAUGUUUGAAACAAAAGUUGAAAGUUAAGUUACUAAAUAAACUCAGACUGAUAGUGUCAAUGUAUAUAAACAUUAUUCAUUCAAAAUGUGUUACUAUAAAUCAUUACACGAUGACAUAUAACAUAUGUGUAACAUGUAUAUACACGUGUGCAUAAUUAUCAGGAGUAGUGACAGUGAUAAAAUAAACAUGGAUGAAUUCUUGGAGGAAAAAAUGGACGUUCUUAUAACAUGGAUUUAUACUCAAGUUCAGUUUCCCUUUAUACUUCAAGAGCAUAGAUGUAUUUCCAAUUGCUAGGCAGCAUAAAUACAACCACCAUUACAUACAUGGCAUGACUGCUUGUUUCUGGCAAUUGGACAAAAGAAUUUUGCAGGACUGUAAUCGUAUUAUACCCAAAAAUCUGUGAGAAAAACUAUUGGAAUUAUUAAUUUUCAUUACCAUGGACAAAUCAUACUGUUUUACUUAAAUUAGUUGGUAAAGAAAUGUUGGACUUUCACUUGUAUAAACAUAUCGCUUUGAGCUCAUUUUUCUAACUAAGAAAAGUCAAUAAGUAAAGUUUUGUAUGUAAGUACGGUAAGUAUUAACUAGAAGGGUUUCAAACAGUCACGUGCGCUGUCAAAAGACAACUUAAGAUAGUGUUUGAUUUGGCUUCAUUUUGAUGUUAAAUGUUAACAAUAUUUAAGUGUUAUUUUAAGAGUAGUAUUAAAUAUAGCGUUUCUAGAACAAUCUGACCCCCCUUGACCCCUUGUCCCUAUUCUAUAAGUGCACUUUAACCUUACCCUAAACUUAAAAUACUAACUUGGUACCCUUGAUACCCUAAAAAUCUUUUAAAUCUUUAGUUAAACCGAAUGAAAACCUUUGGUUUAACCAAAAAAAAACAUUUUGAAACAAUUUAACCUCACUUAACCUCUUAUUCCUAUAAAUUUUAACGACACCGGUGUCGUUUUCUUUAACAAGUUUAUCAAUCAAUAUCGUUUGUGAAGCGACGAGUUUAAACAAAUAUUGACUCAAUGUAAAGCGACACCGGUGUCGUUUUAUUGGAUUUAUUUUCAUUCAUAAAACCGAUAUGUUUACAUUUGUAGUACAAUUCGUUUAAACUUCCUUGUGAUCGAUUUACGUUUUACAGCUGAUUUAAUAUAAGUGUCAUAGGUAAAUCAAGUGCAUUUUUUAAAAAUGAUAAUGUGGGAAACCACAACUUCAACCAAUCAAAAGCCUGCCAUUUUUCUCCCAAAUUUGGCAGACACUGCCACAUUCCUGCCA